GCUGAUUUGUUUUUGUUUGUUUGUUUGUGUUGACGUCAGGCGUGUGCACGAGGAUGCGACAUUAACGUUAAACUUUAACCUGAAGGUGAACCAACAUGAACACCUGUGUGAGAACAUGCCUGCUCCUGCUCGCACUUCACACACUGGCUGCUGCAGCGAGGAGAAAAGAGAGGAAAAAUGUCCUUUUCAUCGUGGCAGAUGAUCUGCGCACAUCUCUGGGCUGCUACGGCGACUCUGUGGCCAAAUCACCAAACCUUGACCAGCUGGCGUCCAAGAGCCAAGUUUUCUUCAACGCUUACGCUCAGCAAGCUGUGUGCGCUCCCAGUCGUACAUCCAUGUUGACAAGCCGCAGACCAGACACGACCAGGCUCUAUGACUUCAAAUCCUACUGGAGGGUCCAUUCUGGAAACUACACCACCAUGCCGCAGCACUUUAAAUCUGCGGGAUACUUCACCAUGUCUGUGGGCAAAGUGUUUCAUCCAGGUAUUGCCUCUAACCACACGGAUGACUACCCCUACAGCUGGUCCAUCCCUGCAUACCAUCCGGCUUCAUUUAGAUUUGAGAAAGAAAAGAUGUGUAAAGGAGACGAUGGUAAACUCCACGCCAACUUGCUGUGUGCCGUGAACGUGACACAGCAGCCUGGGGGAACCCUCCCCGACAUGGAGAGCACAGACGAGGCAGUGAGGUUACUGAAGAGUCGGGCGGUCGACGCCGACAACGUUGACGUUCCUUUCUUCUUGGCCGUGGGCUUUCACAAACCACACAUACCCUUCAGGAUACCACAGGAGUACCUGAGUCUAUAUCCCAUAGACCAAAUGACUCUGGCCCCUGACCCCGAUGUCCCAGAACUCCUCCCACCUGUGGCCUACAACCCCUGGAUGGACGUGAGGAAGAGAGACGACGUCCAAAAGCUCAACAUCAGCUUCCCGUACGGACCGAUUCCUAAAGACUUCCAGCUGCGUAUCCGUCAGCACUAUUACGCCGCUGUGUCUUACAUGGACGCUCAAGUUGGACGGCUGCUCAGCGCUCUUGAUGAGCUGGGGCUGGCUGACAGCACUAUGGUGGUGUUCACCUCAGAUCACGGAUGGUCGUUAGGCGAACACGGCGAAUGGGCGAAAUAUUCGAAUUUUGACGUGGCAACACGCGUCCCUCUUAUCUUCUACGUCCCUGGCGUCACCUCAUUCAGCGAUUGGUUUGGACAGUCCACCUUUCCCUUUAUUGAUGUCCUCACCCAAUCAGAGCUCAGCUUUAAAAAUGGCAAAGUAAUAAAAAACAUGGUGGAGCUGGUGGACGUUUUCCCCACCGUCUCCUACAUGGCUGGCAUCCGAGCACCUGCACCUUGUCCUGAUGUUUCCUUACAGGAGGAGUUGUGUACAGAAGGAGAGAAUCUGGCGCACACCUUCCGGCACAAAGAAAAAAGUGUGGACGCGGAAGCCAUAUCUUUUACCCAGUAUCCUCGACCCGCUGAUACACCACAGGUGGACUCUGACCUCCCUGAUCUCAAAGACAUCAAGGUCAUGGGGUACUCUCUGCGCACCUGGGAUUAUAGAUACACCCUCUGGUUGGGCUUCAACCCUAAAACAUUCCAGGUGAAUGUAUCCGACGUUCACGCUGGAGAGUUGUACAUGUUGGCAGACGACCCUGGUCAGGACAAGAACAUCUACAGCGGCUUCGACCACAGUGUGAUGAUGAGAAAGAUGGCCAGCCUGCUUCAUACUUUGAGUCUGCAGAAGAGGAUGAAUCUGCAGCUCCUCUACCUCACAGCAGGGAUGAAGACGAGCAGAACAAAGGCGUGAUGACGAAAAUAAAACGCAACAGAUGGACGGACGGACGGAGUCGACUACAAAGGGAAGAUGGAUGGACGAAGAGCUUCAUCUAGAAAGGGAGAAAUGCCUUGAAUAUUUCUUUCAAUAUGACGCAUACUUGAUUCUGUAUUAUGUGGUGUCGCUAUAAAUCUUUCAAGCUCUGUUCUUCAGGCUAAUGUUCCUUGUUAAGAACUCAGUAGCAGUCGGAUCUGGUUUGAACACACGAGUAAAAAGAAUACGAAAGCACUGCUGCAGUUUCUUUAAGACGUUUCACCCUUUUUAAAGGAGCUCAUGUUUGAUUCUAGUUUGUUUUUGAGAAAGCGAUGCAUCCAUAUGUGCACAGAAACCUCUAAUUGGUUUGGAAGUUGUGUUUAGCAGCAGGAAGACGGCGUCUUCGAUGUCUGGCCUCUACACAUCUGCCACUUAUGUGUGUAAACUUGAUCGUGCUUCAUCACUCCAGUUCUAGCAGCAAGUCGACAGAUUUCUGAUUAUCUACAGCGGAUUCAGGGAAGUCUAUUGGCUUUCUUUUGGAGAGUUAUAUGUAGAGAUCAAAGCAGUACACUAAAUAUGAAGGUAGCUUUUCUAGCUUAGUUAAUUUACUGACAUGUUUUAACGUCUGCACAGACAGAAAUAUGAAUAUGACAAGUUGAUUUCCAGGAUUCCACUUGUCAUUAUUCGUUUUACACCCAUUUGUGUACAACUCACAGCAAGAAGGUUCCUGGUUCGAAACGCGGCUGGGGCCUUUUUUGUGUGGGGUGUGCAUGUCAUCUCACAUUUUACCAAUGACAGUAUAAAGAAUGGACAGAGCAUGAGUGACUGUUUUGAAGCUGAAUAUAUGCAGUGCUGGCCGCCGCCUGAGGUGGGCUGAAUGACCCCUGGGUUCUCGAAUAAGCCAUCUGUAACCUGUCAAUCAAGCGGUGUUAAUUAUGCAUAACUUCAAGCCUUAAUAGAAUUUGAAUGGGUGAGUUUAAAAAAAAAAAAAAUUCACCCCCUCACAUUUGCCAUGAAUGGGGAAAAUUAGCUAUUGAGUUUUGUACCAGGCUGUAAACAUGUUUAUUUCUGCUGUAAGGUUGGGCAUUUUAACAUGGGGACUUGAAUAAUUUCAGUUUUUAGCACUUGCAUGUUGCCUUCACUUUCCAGCAUCGGAGGUUGCCGCUUACAUUUUACAAGCUUUCACCUGCUCAGAAAUCUUUCCGUCUGAAGGAACAUUGAGGAAACUUGAAGAAUUAGUCCUUUUUGAUUAAUAGCGACGCCAAUUUCUCUGUUUGUAACAAGCCUUCUAGAGUGUACUAUUGAUCAUCCAGUCUGCUUCAGGUUGAGUCUCUUUUUACUUUGAAGUGCGACAGCUAAAAGGGACUUGCACAGUUUUGUACUGUAGUGUUAAACAAUAUGACAUUUCUGUUUGCGCUUGAUGUCACUCGCGGCUAUUUGCCGCCCUCCUUGUAAACAGUCAGCUCAGAUCAAUUUGUGGACCCAAAAUGAAUUGAGUGAAAGCCACCCGUAAUAAUUCAAUGCAAAUGAAACAGAGUGCAGCUACGUUUUACUGCUGUUCCAAUGCAUGGACAUUUUGUGCUGUGGCAAUUUAGAAAAAAAAGCAAUUACAGCUUGAAUUUCAAGUCCAACAAUGAAUCGAAGCCAGCGCGGCCAACAAUAAAAGCUGACAGACCAAAUCUCCUCAUGUUAAUGGGAUGCAGAUGAAUCAUGUAAUCACUGCGGCUCCAUCGUAUGUUAAGAUGAAGCUGACCUCUGUUUACUUUUUUUUGUUCUCUAACCUAACAUCUGGAACUAUGAACGUGAGUAAUAUAACUGUCCAUACAGAUACUUUCAACGGAAAGAUGAGUUUAUCCUUGAGUUGGGUUGCAUCAGAGAAGCAUCGGGAAGCCUGAGAUUCCAGAUUUCUGAAGGGAGAAUAAAAAAUAAAUGCAGCAGAAAUAAUUCAAAUCUUAAGCCCGGCAAGGACACACUGUUAAUAUAUUUAUGUCUGUUUCGAUUGCUUUGUUUUAAAAAAAAGAAAGAAAGUUGCAAAAGUUGACUCUGUGCUUUUUUUUUAGUCACUUGUCAUCACAACUUCCUCCUGUGUGUCCUGCAGAAACACUCUCUCUUCUCUACACAUAGACACCACACCAGCUUGUAACUUAUUUUGUGCUCACCCACAGCGGACGUGUAAAGCUGCAGAGUAGUGAAGGAGCUCCUCGGGGACCUCUCCAGUCUAUUCUGUGGUUUUUGUAUCGUUUCUGUCCUCUGGAGCGGAGAAUGCAUGCAAUGCUUUUUGCUCUUUUUGGUGCUGAAAGAAUUUGGACCGAACUGAACAUUUCCUAAUUUGCUCAUGAUUCCACAGAGUCACUCUGUCCGGGCAACACAAAUGGUUAAAAGCCUUGUAAUUGCGUUUUGAAAAAUAUAGUAUGAAUUCAGUCUCAUGCCUUUUUGGGUUUUUUACCAUUUUCAAUUUCUGGGCAAUCAUGCAGAACCUUGUGUUGAACUCGGCUUGAAGUGAAGUCUGUAUGCUACAAAUGGAAAGGCAAAAUUUUUUUUUCCCAAAGACCGAGGAAGCACUUGACAUCUCUCCCCUGCCAAUUCCACCUCUUCCAAUCAUUUCUUCUCUUUUCACUCCAUUUACCUCCUCCUCCUCCUCCUCGCCCUUUAAACUCAUCACCAUUCAUGUUUGCCUCAUGUAUUGCACUUCUAUGUUUCUUCAUGAUCUAUUUGUAACUGUGUCUUUAUAAUGUAUGUUGGCAAAGCUUAAACAUACUUUAUCAUC